AUGGCCCAAGAAGAGCGACAGAGCGAAGCAGAGAAAAGAGCAGAAGUACUGGCUUGCCGUGCUGCAGACCUCAUCGCUUCUGGUGGUGGCGCCAAGGACGCACAUCGCACGCUACAAGAGGCUGCUCAUCUCGCACCGGACAAUGAUCUCGUUCGGAACACCAUCUCGAAGCUCCAGCUUGAAGAUGAAGAGCAAACGCUCGUCAAAUUCUGUAAGAGGUACAUCCUCGACCAGCAAGAGGAAGCGGGCAAGGAAGCUAUGAAAUAUCUGAGCAGCACAGAGAAGGCAUCCCCAGACGCUGCGAAGAUAUGCAUGCACACUUUACUGAAUGUUGAGCCUACGAGAAGACCAGGACUCUUUGAGGGGAUUUUCUCUGGCCUAUUGCGGCACUCUGCUUCCGCGAAGACUGCCAUAGCGGAGAGGCUGCGAGAAAGAGGGGUUACAAUUGUAUUCGAUGAGAUAUACACAAUUGGCGAAGCUGGAGCGGCUGCUAUGACCACGGUGGUCUUAAGCCCGGGAGCAUGGCCGCGUGAGGAAGAACGAAAUGCGUGUGAAGAGGAUCUUUUGCAUCUUUAUAUGGCGAAAUUACUGGAAGUUGGAGACGACGAUGAUAGCCGAGCGAUGCGAGAGCUCUCUAGACUACUUGCUACAGAUGCACCGAGAUUGCAGGCUCUUAUUGACGAGGAAAUGUUCGACGCGAUUCUAUCCCAGCUCGAUUAUCGCAACCCUGUCUCAACAAAAAGCCCGGCAAUGUUAGCAACCGCUAAAUUCCUCGAAGCUUCGCAGACUAGAGGCCAGGUUAUGCUCACCAGAUAUGUGACAACUCGGUUUGCUAAGCAGACGAACGAUGGUCUGGUCCUCGCCUUUUCCGCGGCGGCUGCCGUGUUUCCUAUUGCUACACCAAUGGCGGCAACCAUGUUCCUCACUCGAGAAUUCUUGCCAUCGCUGGUACCACUGCUAGAGAAAAAGACGAAGUCAAAGCACGUUGUGGUUGCAGCCCUAGAGAUGCUCAGUGCUGCCUGCAUUGAAAGCGCUUGUAGGGACGGAAUUAGAAAACAUUGUCUCGAUUGGAUUCAAAAAUGUACGACAUCUGAUGAGCAACAGAGGUCUGUUUUAGCCGUUGUUGUGCUCUCGAAAAUACAAGGUACUCCGGAGAAGAAGGAUGGUGUGGCUACCCAAAGCGAAAAGCCGAUGGAGACAGGAAUGCUGGUAGAAAAACUAACGAAGCUGCUAUUCGAGGACCCCAAAGCGAAUAGGGACUCUGUAUUUGAAGCUCUAGCCCAUCAGUCUACACGGCCGAAGGUCAAAGAACAACUCGUGAAUGACCGUAGAUUACUACAAGUCUUGCUGCAAGAGUUACGUCAAGCCGAAUCGCAAUCGACUGCGGUAUUUGGAGGACUCGUAAUCCUAGAGAACGUGACUGCCCUACCACCUGUGCUCUCAGAGGAGCAAAAGCGCAUUGCUGAGCUCAAAGCUUAUGCCAAUGCAGCACCCUCAUCAGCCAAGCCCGACCCUUUGAACGAGGUGACUGCAGUCACGGCCCGUUGCAAGACUCUUGUCGAUUGUGGUAUUGUGUCUACACUAGGUGAUAUGAUUAAGAAAUUGACACCGAAUUCUCGGCACUUAGUGGUGAAGAUUCUGUCUUCGAUGGUCAGAACUUCGAAGCCAACGAAAAGGAUCAUAAUUCAACAAGGAGCCGUGAAGAUGCUCGCAGCCCUCGGAAGUCCACUGCAGGAGGGCUCCACAGUAGCUGUCGACCAACACAAGGAGUUGCAGCGGCAGGCUGGUCAAGCGAUCGCCGUGCUCUUGACAUCAGUCGACCCGGAAAUGUUGUUCGGACCGUCAGGAAAUGGCCUUCUAUGGGCCUGCAUAGACCUACUUGUGCCACUCCUCGACCUAGACUCUGUCGACGCAGUAUCGGGCCCGCGAGAUCUACUACCGACAUUCGAAGCCCUUCUCGCAUUAACGAAUCUAUGCUCGAAUCCAACAAACGGGACUGUGCCAAUAAUUCUCAAGAAAAGUAAAACAGCUGUCGAAGAUCUGACUCUCAGCAACAACUCUAUGUUAAGGAGGGCAUCCGUGGAGCUGAUAUGCAACCUCGUUCAAGACGCAAACGGUAUUGCAAUGUACGCAGAUGGAUCACCUGAAGCUUCAAGACGCCUCCAUGUCCUCUUGGCACUUGGUGGUUCGCCAGAUCUACCCACCCGCAAGGCUGCUACUGGGGCUUUGGCCACGCUCACCGAGUUUUGGGAAGUCAUUGACGCGAUUAAUAAAUUGGAAAGCGGUAUCAGGCUACUUAUAGCUACACUUGAUGACGAGGAUGAGGAAGUCCUUCAUAGAUCAGUGGUGUGUAUCCUGAACGUGGCCAUUCAAGAGAACGACCACGGCAAGACAGCAAGAUCGUCAAUGAGGCAGCAAGGUGUUGUGGAAAAACUUGAAAUGGCAGGGAAAAGGGUCAGAUCUCCACGCAGCCCCGUUCUGCCACUUCUUUCCGAGGCUACACAGGCUUUUCGAUUGUCGAGUGACGGCUGA